AUGCUUCCUCUUCGCUUUAUUCGACAUCGCUCGCCUUUCACGACUUCGGUCCGCACAAUGGCUUCUGCUUGCUCAACUUCUUCCCGCCUCGAGACCCUUCCCAAGUCGCCAAUUCGUGUCCUCCGCUCCGUCGAAUCAGUCCGCCGCUGGCGAAACCCCCAUGUGGUUGAGCACCGUUCCGUUGGCCUCGUGCCUACCAUGGGCGCUCUACACGAGGGCCAUCUUGCCUUGAUCCGUGCCGCUGCCAAAGAGAACCACCACGUGGUUGUGAGCAUAUACGUAAAUCCUGCGCAGUUUGGGAUCAAAGAGGACCUAUCCUCGUAUCCAGUGACUUGGGAGGAGGACGCAAAGAAGUUGGCAGCGCUGGAUAGAGAGCUCGCUGAUGAUGGAGGUAACUUGGGUCGCAUUUCUGCCGUGUUCGCGCCGACGACGCCGGAGAUAUACCCAAGUGGCUUCCCGGGCCAGGAAAUUGAUAGCAAGGGAAGCUUUGUCACAAUAACGCCUGUGGGUGAAGUCCUCGAGGGUGCUAGCAGACCAACCUUCUUCCGUGGUGUUGCCACAGUGUGCUUGAAACUCUUCAACGUUGUUCAACCUGAGCGUGUAUACUUUGGUCAGAAGGAUGUUCAACAAACCGUUGUCAUACGCAGAAUGGUCAAGGACUUCAUCCUGCCCCUGCAGGUUGUUGUCCAGCCUACGGAACGUGAGAAAGAUGGGCUUGCUCUUAGCUCGCGAAAUGUCUACCUUGGCCCUAGACGAAGAGCUGCCGCUAUUGUCCUUCCAAACGCACUGCAUGCUGCUGCCGCUGCGUACACGAAGGACGGCUUCUACACCAGGGAGGAUGUUCUCGGUGCAGCACAUAAAAUUAUUGACGCGUUUGCAUCAGAACAGUCCAAUCUGCUCUCCACUGAGCGUGUGGUCUUUGAGGUUGACUAUAUAUCCCUUGCAGACCCCGACACAUUAGUUGAAGUUGACAAGAUUGAUCCUUCGCGAGGAGCUGUUUUGAGCGGUGCAAUUAAGAUGUUGCCUGUCGAGGAGGCUAAGAAAGGUGAGGAUCUAGGCUUUAGCGGAGGGCCACCCGUGCGGUUGAUCGAUAACAUCAUCCUCAAGCCUCUAGAUUCCAAGAGCGAAUAG